UACAUAAACAUUAAUUGUAUUUGCCAAGGUAAAAAAUGCAUUUUGUAAUUUACUACAUCGAAUAGAAAUUAAUUCUUUUCAAUUGUUUAAACCAAUCAGGAUUUUCUUUGGUUAUGAAUCGGUACAUAAUAUUAUGGAAAAAUAAUAAAUAUGUUAUGUGGAAAGACUUGCGAUAACGAAAACUAAGGUUGGCACACGUAAAACACCUGUGACGAUUAGCUUAAUGGAACGUGGAAGGGAUAACAUGGCCACCGCCUGGUGACGUUCGUUCGCCGUCGCCGUCGCGAUAUCAAAUGCUCCUGAAAACAGCUGGUGAACAUUUAUCAGUGCAAGUUCUGUAGUUUUCAACGCGAAAAACACGUAUUAUAUUCAUUGAAGAGUAUAAAGUAAGAUGAUGAACAUGUGGAAAGUGCGAGAGUUAAUGGACAAGGCGACCAAUGUAGUUAUGAAUUACACGGAAACAGAGGCCAAAGUUCGAGAAGCAACAAAUGACGAUGCUUGGGGUCCAACCGGGGCAAUGAUGCAAGAACUGGCUCAGGCUACAUUCACAUACGAGCAAUUUCCCGAGGUAAUGUCUAUGUUGUGGAAAAGGAUGUUGCAAGAAAAUAAACGGAAUUGGCGUCGAACGUACAAGUCUCUUUUGCUGUUGAAUUAUUUAGUUCGUAAUGGAUCAGAACGAGUAGUCACAUCAUCUAGAGAACACAUUUAUGAUCUCAGAUCUUUAGAAAAUUAUACUUGGAUUGAUGAGUUUGGAAAAGAUCAAGGAAUAAAUAUUAGGCAUAAAGUUAGAGAAUUAAUUGAUUUUAUUCAAGAUGAUGACAAAUUAAGAGAAGAAAGAAAAAAAGCUAAGAAAAAUAAAGAUAAAUAUGUAGGUUUAUCAAGUGAAGCAAUGGGUAUAAGAUUUGGAAGUGUAGAUAGAUGGUCUGAUAGAUUAAAAUGGGAUAAAACUAAUACAGAUACUUAUAAUGAUUGGGAUCGUGAUAGUAGAGGAAAAGGUUUUGAGGAUACAAAUAAUAGUGAUGAUGGUGAAAGAGAAGAUUCUGAUAAUGAUGUUCAUCCCAGUCCAAAAAGAAGUGGAAGGGAAUAUAGAGAUACAAUGGAUAGUAUAGAUCGCGUUAGCAAAACUAUUACAUCUACAACUUCAACUAAUGCUUCACCAGCAAGAAUGACAAGAAUUAUUAAAAAAGUAGAUUUAGGAGCUGCUGCAAAUUAUGGAAGAGAACAAUCUAAUAAUAGUAUAUCUGGAUCACAAAAUAACUCUUCAUCUGGCAAACAAAAAAAUAAAAAUGACAUUUUAAAUGAUAUUUUUGAUUCUCAAAAUGAGAAUAAUACCAAAUCAAUUGUUGAUGAUGAUGAUGAUUUUAAUCCAAGAGCAAAUAUUCAGACUACUAUACAAACUCAGAAUUCAAAUGCAGAAUUUGGAGAUUUUACUAGUGCAUUUGGUAAUACUACAGUAAAAACGAAAGAUGUUAAUGAUGAAUUUGCAGACUUCACAUCAGCUUUUAACUCUUCUGUUACAAUAUCUAAUCCCUCAAUACAGCUACAAGUAAAUUUAAUGGGCGCAACAAUACCAAAUAUUAAUAGUUCAAUAACAGAUAAUGUAAAUAAUUCAAUGUUUAUUAAUGCCCAAUCAUUAAACACUCCCUCAUAUACUACGAAUACACUUCCUCAAAAUCCUAGUAUGAGUAACAAUUUGUUUGAUACCAUACAACCACAAGUACUCAAUAAUCAGCAAUCAUUGAACAACAAUACAGCAUCUUCAAAUACAGAUCUUUUAUCAGAAUUAGAUAGCUUAAAUUCUUUGACUACUGGUUCUAUGGAUAGAAGAGUAAAUAACUCCAACAAUACUAAUCUUUUCAUAAAUAUGAGUUCAACAUCUGCUACAGUUAAUCAUGGAGCAACCAAGAUGGAAAAAAGCAUCACUUCAGCUGAAAAUCUUUCAAAACAUGCUGCAAAUCGACUUUUAGAAGAAUUAUGUUCUAUGGGUCCUAUUAAAAGUCAUAAUAGUUUGGAAAAGCUGAAAUCAUAUAUUUCUGAAUAUAUUAAAUUUUUACCAGGACCACUUACUCCACAAAAGUACUGUAACCUUGAUUUUAAUCCAGAAAUUGAUUCUAUAUUGUAUGGAAAAAUUUUAGAAGAGAUUAUUGAAAAAUUUGAUCAUAAUUGGCCAGUACAAGAAAAUACUUUAGAUCCAAUACUUAAACAAUUGUUAAUUGUUGAUGGUGCUACAUUAUUAAUAUUAACCGAAUCUUUAAAUGCUUUAAUUUUGGCUUUGAAAGAAACAAAGAAUGAGAGAAAAAUUUUUGUAAUUUCGAUUAUUUUAGAACAAUUAUUGAAAAGUGAUUCUUUGUUUUCUGCAAUAGUAAAUUCAUGUAAAUAUCGAGUGCAGAAUGUAAUACAAAAAGAAGAAUUUGAUGAAACAUGGCGAAAAUUAGUACAAAUUUUAGUUUCAUUACCUAAUCGCGUAGCUAAUAAAUUAAAAAACAAAAUAUUUGAUAGUUUUCUUCCAGAAAAAUAUUUUAAAAUUAUAUGUUUUCAUAUUGCUCAUGCAAUAUCUUUUAUAAAUAUUGGACUACAUUAUAAUAUCAAAGCAGAACUAAAAUUACUCUCAUUUUUAAUUAGUAAAUUAGUAAUCAUUACGAACUCAGAAAAUUUAUUACCGUUUACUAAUAUUUUAACAGAAUGGUGUUUUGAAAAUAAAAAUAAUGAACGAGAUAUAAUUCAGAAUAUAUUAAAAGCAUUAGAUAUAUCUAGCAUAGAACCAAUAGCUGUAUUAUUUUUAAAAUAUUGCGAUAUCAAUCUUGGAAUACAUCAAAUUUUUGGCGAUAUAUUAUUAAAUUCAAAUUGGAAAUAUAUAUUAACAACAAAAAUUCCUUUAAUGUGUUACUAUAAAGAUGAUAAUUUAGUAAUAAAUUUGAUCUCAUAUCUAGCGCAAUUUUUGAAUAAUAAUCGUAUUCUGAUCGAAUUAUUAAUGAAACUUCUAGAUAUAUGGGGUAAUAAAAGUGCUUUAAAUCAUACUUCUGUAGAACAACAUAAAUAUAUUACAAAAUUAAUAAUUAUAUGUGUAAGAAAAUGUAAACAUCAUUUAAACAGAAAUGAAAAAGAUAAUAUUCAAAGAUUGUUAUUUUCUGGUAUAUCUGUUCAUCUCGAAUCUACACAUAUUAUUUUAAGAGCAAUGGGAAUGUCUGUUGGUGAAAUUUUUACUAAUGAAUUAUCCGAAUCUGAUGAUGCACCAAAACUUUCAUUUGAAUAUAACAAUAUGCCUGAUGAAAUAACGAAUUUAGUACAAUCUUUAAAAAAUUUAGCUAUAGAAAUCAAAGUCUCAAAAGAAAAAGAACAAAUUAAAAAAAAUGAUUUAAUUAUUGAAAAUAUUGAGUUUAAUACAUUGGGUGAUAAAAAAUUGUAUGAAUUAGGCAUUGAAUGUAAUGUUUUAUCUAAAAAGAAUAUAGAAGAAAAAUAUAAUAAAAACGAUCAAAUUUCAAUUAACAAUUCGAAAGAAUCGAUUAUAUUGAAUAAAGAAAAUUUGACAGAUAAUAUAAUUAACAAAAGUAAUAUUGAGAACGAUUCAGAAUUAGAUAGUGAUGAUGAUUUAAUACCAUAUGAUAUGUCUCACGAUACAAAAAUUAGUAAAAAAUUACGACCAGCAUAUUUGCGAGAUCUACGUGAUAAUUUAGUAAAUGAAAAAAAUUCUAACAAUCCAGAUAUUUUUUCAGAAUCUUUAGAAGUCUGUGAAGAAUUAAUAUUGUCACAAUUACCAAAUGAUGAUGUAUCAUUUGCAAUUGAGUUAUUAGAACUUUUCAUCACGCUUAAAGAAUCUUGUUAUGUAGAAAAUUUUGAAAUAUUAACAUUUAAAGCUUGCGUAGCUAUAGUAACUGUUUAUCCCAAAGAGUGUGCUGAAUUUUUAUGUCGACAGUUUUAUUUAGAAGUAGAUAAAUAUUCUGUAAGUCAAAGAUUAUUUUUUCUUGAUAUAUUGGCAUAUUCGGCUAGAAAAUUAUCAACUAUUCCACUUCAUGAAAAUAAAAAAGACAUAAUUAAUGAAACUAAAAUAAAACAAAAAACAAAAGAAAUUUCAAACAAAGUUUCACUUUUCAUUAAUACUGAAAAAAGUCAACAAUACAAAGUACUAUAUAGUGAUGAUUUUGAUGAAUUCGAAAAAUCUUUAGACGUAAAAGAAAAUUGGCGGGAAAUUGUUAAUAAAAGAAUUGAAUCAAAUACAAAAAGAUAUGCACAUAGUAUAAAAAUGUCUGAAACAUUUGAAAAUAAAUUCGGAAAUAUUGCGUCCUCAUUUUUUUAUCCAUUACUUUAUGGUUUUGGCAAAGAAAGCACUUGCUUGAAUAGUGGAUUACAAAUUUUCACAGAUCAAGAAAAUAUUUUAUUAAUUCGAUUUUUAGAAACUUUAUCUACUAUAAUGAUAGCAGCACAGAAUUGUUUGUUAGCUUCUAAAAUGGGAAAAGAAAUAUUGGAAUUAUCGUGGAUUUUGAGAUAUCACGAACAAGCAAAAGUUAGACUAGCAGUAAUAGAAAAUGUUGCAGCCGUAAUUAUUGCAAUACCGAAAGAUACGAUUGUAAAUGAAUUGUUUGAAAUUUGUAUGGAAAUAAGAUUAUGGCUUUUAGAUUUAUCCCAAAAUGUGAUUAGCGGCGAUCAUGAUGAAGACUGUAGAAAUUUAGGUGCCAAAGUAGUGUCUUUGAUUGAUUCUAUCAUAGGUUCAACAUUCGAUAUAUAAUUAUUAAUGAGAUAUAAAUAUUAUUUAUGAAAAUAUAUAUAUUUUUUUAAAUAUUCGCAAAAUAAUUCCUAAAGUUCAUUUUAAAAUUUUGCAUGUUUUUUUUCUUUAUAUGAAUAAUAUAUUGUGAAUAUUGUGUAAAAAAUAUAUUUAUGUUAUU